GCUGAUUUGCUGCUCGGCAACACCCCGCCCUGCUGCCACGCGUCACCGCCUCCCUGCGCCGCGCGCGGCCACGUGGACGGUGGCGCGGGUGCAGGUGUGCUCUGGGUGGUACCGAACCGAGCCGAACCAUGAGCGUGGGAUUCAUCGGCGCCGGGCAGCUCGCCUUUGCCCUGGCUAGGGGUUUCACGGCGGCAGGGAUCCUGGCCGCGCACAAGAUCACGGCGAGCUCCCCGGACACCGACCUGCCCACCGUGAGUGGCCUGCGGAAAAUGGGCGUGAACUUCACGGUGAGCAACAAGGACACGGUGAAGAGCAGCGAUGUCCUCUUCCUGGCCGUGAAGCCCCCCAUCAUCCCCUUUAUUCUGGAGGAGGUGGGCCCCGACAUCGAGCCGCGCCACAUCGUGGUGUCCUGCGCAGCUGGCGUUACCAUCAGCUCCAUCGAGAAGAAACUGUCUACCUUCUGCCCCACACCAAAAGUGAUCAGGUGCAUGACCAACACCCCUGUGAUUGUCCGAGAAGGUGCCACUGUCUAUGCCACUGGGACUCACGCGGAUGUGGAGGAUGGGAAGCUAUUGGAACAACUGAUGGCCAGUGUAGGCUUCUGCACUGAGGUGGAAGAGGACCUGAUAGAUGCUGUAACGGGGCUCAGUGGCAGUGGCCCUGCGUAUGCAUUCACUGCACUGGAUGCUCUGGCAGAUGGGGGAGUGAAAAUGGGACUUCCCCGACGGCUGGCAGUUCGACUUGGAGCACAGGCUUUGCUGGGUGCUGCCAAAAUGCUGUUAGAGUCUGAGCAGCAUCCUGGUCAGCUGAAGGACAAUGUCUGCUCACCUGGAGGAGCCACCAUCCAUGCCCUGCACUUCCUGGAGAGUGGUGGUUUUCGCUCACUCCUAAUCAAUGCUGUGGAGGCUUCCUGCAUCCGGACAAGGGAGCUGCAGCAUGUGGCAGACCAAGAGAAGAUCUCCCCAGCAGCCAUCAAGAAGACUUUGUUGGAUAAAGUGAAGAUGGAGUCUCCUUCUCUGUCCAGCAAAGUCAGCCUGUUCACCAAUAAGAGCCCAAGCAGCAAGAAGAACUGACCAGACUGCUGUAGCCUGCUUCUGGUGAACACCAGCCUCUUCUGUGCCCUUUCCAUUCUGUCUAAGGAAAAACACUCACUUUGAAUGUUGGUGUUCCCCAUGCCUGGCUCCUAGCUUGCAGCAGCUAUGGGACAGUGCAAUGCUGUAGAAAAGGGUCUUUAACCUGUAGUAGGCUUGGUGCAAACUGUCCCUGGCAUUGCUGUUCUCUCUUGGGCAGGACUAAUGCCAUCAUCAGAGCUUACUCAAGGGCACUGUUUGUACAGAAGCCUUGGUUACUUCUAGGACUCAGGCAGUGUUUGUGAUGUCCAAUGCAGAAAUGGUUUCUAAUAGGAUUUUACAAAGAGUUUUCAGAAUGCCUUUUAGCUUCAAAGGUUGAAACCAGACUUAGAUCUCUCUUGCCUCAUCUUGCAUCUGCUGUCAGAGCUUGGGUCUUUGUCAUUGCUGGCUAGAGCAGGUACUGCAGUACAAAUGCAGUGCUGCACAUUCCAUGAGAGACUGGGCCUAAAGCCUCUCAGAAGGGAUCAAAGUGCCUCUGCCCCAUCUUUCAUCUGCCUUGACUGGGAGACAGAUGGUGUGAAUCUCUGGACCACAUUCCAUUUCUCUUUGGUGGCUGCCUCUCUGCUUUGUCUGGUUUGGGGAAUCCUGGACUGAUCUUGCUGUCCCAUUUUUUGCUGCUAGCCUGGCUUACGUGGUUGGACCAGCUGGGGGUGCAGUGACUG